CUGGUAUUAACAAAAUCCACCCUUAAUUAAUUACUCUUCUAAUUCUUCAAAUUUCCAUUAUCGGUCACUGUCGGUAAACGCUAAUUACAACAAUUUUUAAUUCUUUCGACAAAAUCUCUCCUUCGUCGCUUUCUCUCCCCUGCUUACAUUUCAGCAACAAUGGUGCAGGGCUGGAAAUGGAGCAGAAGGAGGUCUUACUUCCCUUUAAUUUCUCUAAUUUUUAUGGUUUUGAUUACUGCAACAAUACUUUUCAAUGAAUUCAGAAUUCACCAGUAUCAAAACCCAGAUCAUAACCCUCAUUUACAAAAUACCCAGAAAUCACCCCCAGUUGAGUUGGAUAGAUUCACUACAUGUAGCUCUACUGUAGAGUACAGCGGUGGAGAUAUGGGGUGGGGUGGAGGUGUCCGGCAUUCGCCGGUUCCGGGCGGUGUUAAGGAGUGUGAUGUAUUUGCAGGGAAAUGGGUGUUUGAUAAUGGUUCAUAUCCUUUAUACAAUGAGUCCCAUUGUCCUUACAUGUCUGAUCAGUUAGCUUGUCAUAAGCAUGGAAGGCUUGAUUUGGGGUACCAGUAUUGGAGAUGGCAGCCUAAUGAAUGCAACUUGAAGAGGUGGAAUGUUACUGAAAUGUGGGAAAAGCUGAGAGGGAAGAGAUUAAUGUUUGUGGGAGAUUCACUCAAUAGAGGCCAAUGGAUCUCUUUGGUGUGUUUGUUGCAGUCUGUGAUUCCAGCCGACAAGAGGUCUAUGUCUCCGAAUGCUCAUCUUACUGUCUUCCGGGCAGAGGAGUAUAAUGCCACAGUUGAAUUUCUAUGGGCUCCUUUACUUGUUGAUUCAAAUUCCGAUGACCCUGUAAAUCAUAGGUUAAGUGAUCGAAUAAUCCGCCCAGAUUCACUGUCAAGGCAUCUUUCCAAAUGGGAGAAUGCUGAUAUACUUGUGUUCAAUACAUACUUAUGGUGGAGACAAGGACCGGUAAAGCUGUUGUGGAGUAGUGAAGAUAAUAGAGUUUGUGAAGAGUUGGAUGGGGUACGAGCCAUGGAGUUGGCCAUGAAAACCUGGGCUAAAUGGGUGGAUUCUAAUGCCAAUCCUCUUGAGAAGCGGGUGUUUUUUGUUACCAUGUCACCAACUCAUCUAUGGGGCCAAGAGUGGAAUCCAGAAAGUGAAGGAAACUGCUACAAUGAGAGUAACCCCAUUACUCAGGAGAAUUACUGGGGAACUGGUUCUGAUUUGCCAACAAUGAACAUGGUGGAGGACAUCCUUAGUCGAUUAGGCUCAAAGGUCACAGUUCUCAACAUCACUCAGCUAUCUGAAUAUCGAAAAGAUGGACAUCCUUCUAUUUAUCGCAAGUUUUGGGAAACUCUGAGUCCUGAACAGUUGUCAAAACCAGAGUCCUACUCUGAUUGUAUACAUUGGUGUUUGCCUGGUGUGCCUGAUGUAUGGAACGAACUGCUGUUCCAUUUUUUGUAAGAAGGAUACGGAAAACUGUAAUUAGCAAAUUCCAUUGUCAAUACUCAAUAUCAUAAUUGAGUCAAAAGUUCAUCUGAAGUUCAAAGAUGUGCUUGAUUAUGUGAGUAAUACACUAAUAUGUUCUGUGAA